AGUAACCAGUAACCAAAAUCUAGAUGACUUAAGUGGCCACCAUUACACGAUAUGUUUGUCUUCAUACUCCAAAAGAUAACCUCUCAUCAUCUCCACCGCUACCUUUUCUUCUCAUACCACCAUUUCUGUAUUCUUCUUCUUCACACCUACUCUUAACAUUAUUUUGAUUUCUCUGCAAAAAAAGAGCCAAAACCCAGUUAUUUGCACACCAAAAUCAUGACCAAACUAGUAGUGGAAGUUCUUGAUGCAAGUGAUUUGAUGCACAAAGAUGGGCAAGGCUCGGCAAGUCCAUUUGUGGAAGUAGAAUUUGAUGAACAAAGACAGAGGACCCAAACAAAGCCUAAAGACCUCAAUCCUGCUUGGAAUGAAAAGCUUGUUUUUGAUGUCAACAACAGCCUCAGAGAUCUUCCAAGCAAGACUAUUGAUGUGGUUGUGUAUAAUGACCAAAAAGCCGGUAAUCACAGGAACUUUCUUGGGCGUGUGAAGAUUUAUGGUGUUUCAGUGCCUUUGUCCGAGUCUGAAGCAAGUAUUCAGCGAUACCCACUUGACAAACGUGGCCUGUUUUCACACAUCAAAGGAGAUAUUGGUUUGAAGAUCUAUUUACUUGAUCAUGAUGGUGGUUCUGAUUAUAAUCAUGCCUCACCACAACAACAACAACAACCACCCCCACCACACGAAGAAGAGACCCCACUUCAAGAAAUCAAUACCAAUAACAGGUUUGGUCAUGAAGAUCAUGAGCAUGUACCAGAUGAUUAUAGUGAUCAUGAAGAGAAGAUUAAGAAGAAGAACAAAAAGAAGGAAAAAGAAGUGAGGACCUUUCACUCAAUUGGUACUGCUGCUCCUCCUCCAAUGAAGGAAAAGGUGUCUGAGACGAGAGCGGAUUUCGCUAAAGCAGUGACACCGGCAGUGAUGCAAAUGCAAAUGCAAGUGCCAAAGCAGAAUCCGGAAUUCUUGCUGGUGGAAACUUUCCCACCUCUGGCGGCGCGAUUGAGGUACAGAGGAGGUAGCAAGAUAACAAGUACUUACGAUUUAGUGGAGCAGAUGCAUUACUUGUAUGUGAGUGUUGUGAAGGCAAGAGAUCUACCUGUUAUGGAUGUUACAGGGAGUCUGGACCCUUAUGUGGAAGUGAAGCUUGGGAAUUAUAUAGGGAGGACUAAACAGUUUGAGAAGAACCAGAAUCCAGUUUGGCACCAGACCUUUGCUUUCGCCAAAGAGAGAUUGCAGGCCAAUUUGGUGGAGGUAAUAGUGAAAGAUAAGGAUUUUGGGUUGGAUGAUUUUGUGGGGAAGGUUGUUUUCGAAGUAACGGACUUACCAGUUCGGGUGCCGCCGGAUAGUCCUCUGGCUCCACAAUGGUAUGGAUUGCAGGAUAAACACGGUGUCAAGCAUAAACAAGGGGAGGUUAUGCUUGCAGUUUGGAUUGGAACACAAGCUGAUGAGUCAUUUCCAGACGCAUGGCAUUCUGAUGCUCAUGAGAUUAGUCACUCCAACUUGGCUAAUACAAGAUCGAAGGUCUAUUUCUCUCCCAAAUUAUAUUAUCUUAGAGCACAUGUAAUCGAAGCUCAAGAUCUUGUACCUCAUGAUAAAGGCAGAGCUCCAGAAGCAUAUGUGAAGAUAAUACUUGGAAAUCAAGGAAGAACAACCAGGCCGGUCCGUGGUAUCAACCCGGUCUGGAAUGAUGAGAUGAUGUUUGUUGCAUCAGAGCCUUUUGAGGAUUUCAUAAUUGUUUCAGUUGAAGACAGGGUUGGACCUGGCAAGGAUGAGACUUUAGGAAGAGUGAUUGUAUCAGUUAGAGAUGUACCUCAGAGACUUGAGACCAACACUCAUGGACUUGGGAUGAACAAACUCCCUGAUCCUCGCUGGUUGAACCUCCACAGGCCUUCACUUGUACACGAAGAAGGUAUUGAAAAGAAGAAAGAGAAGUUUUCAAGCAAAGUCCAAAUCCGGUUUGUACUCGAAGCCGGUUAUCAUGUUCUUGAUGAGUCUACACAUUUCAGCAGUAACCUUCAGCCUUCAUCAAAACAUCUGAGGAAGGGAAACGUUGGAAUUCUUGAGCUUGGGAUUCUGGGUGCCAAAAAUUUGCAUCCAAUGAAGAGCAAGGAUGGAAGGACAACUGAUGCUUAUUGUGUCGCCAAGUAUGGGAACAAAUGGAUUCGAACCAGAACGAUCCUCGACACGCUGCAUCCACGAUGGAACGAGCAGUAUUCCUGGGAAGUGUAUGAUCCAUGUACUGUCAUAACAAUUGGAGUCUUCGACAAUCACCAUAUAAGUGGAAGCAGUGACGCGAGGGAUCAGAGGAUCGGGAAGGUCAGAAUUAGGCUAUCCACUCUGGAGACUGAACGCGUAUAUACACAUUACUAUCCGCUGCUGGUUCUCACUCCAUCUGGCUUGAAAAAUCAAGGGGAACUCGAGUUGGCUUUGAGAUUCACAUGUACAGCUUGGAGCAACAUGUUGGUUCAAUAUGGAAAGCCAUUGCUUCCUAAAAUGCAUUACGUCAACCCCAUACCUUUUAGGUUCAUCGAAUCGCUACGCUACCAGGCAAUGCAGAUUGUGGCAGCAAGGUUGACGAGAGCAGAACCACCACUUAGGAGGGAGGUUGUAGAGUACAUGUUGGAUGUUGAUAUGAAUAUGUUUAGUCUCCGUAAAAGCAAAGCAAAUUUCUUCAGGAUAAUGAAUCUCUUGUCAGGGGUCACGGUUAUCUGCAGGUGGUUCAAUGACAUUUGCCUCUGGAGAAACCCAGUGACAACCAUUCUCGUGCAUGUAUUGUUCCUGAUACUUGUCUGCUACCCAGAAUUGAUUCUGCCAACAAUUUUUCUCUACCUGUUUGUGAUAGGGAUAUGGAACUAUAGGUUCAGGCCAAGGCAUCCACCUCACAUGGAUGCUCGGGUUUCCCAGGCAGAUCAUACGCACCCAGAUGAGCUUGAUGAGGAAUUUGAUACUUUCCCAACAUCCAAGCACACAGAUAUGGUGAGGAUGAGAUAUGACAGAAUACGGAGUGUGGCAGGUCGAGUGCAAACUGUCGCUGGAGACUUGGCAUCACAAGGAGAAAGAGCUCAAGCAUUAUUGAGCUGGAGGGAUCCAAGAGCCACAUCUAUCUUCAUCAUCCUCUCAUUGAUCUUUGCAGUAUGUUUAUAUGUCACUCCUUUUCAGGUGGUGGCAGUGCUGAUUGGUUUAUACUUGCUUCGUCAUCCCCGGUUCAGGAGCAGAACACCCUCUGUGCCUGUCAAUUUCUUCAAGAGAUUACCAGCGAGGUCAGAUAUGCUACUGUAAGAAAAAAAAUGCCAAAUAAUAAAGCAUUGAUUACUCACUUUAGUAACUCAGCCGACCGAGAGAGAUGAAAUCAAGGAUGCUAUCUACAACAACGGAAUCUCACUUUCAUUCAAUCCAAAUUCACCAUUCUUUUGGAGCUCUCACUCGCAAUUCCCAUGUAUGUACAAGUAAUUGUAUUGUUUACUUCAGCCGUAAAUAACAGCAUCAAGUAUUGUAAUAACAGAAGUAGUUUCAAUCUUUGUAACAACAAAAAAUAGCUGUCCA